ACGGACCCUGAGCCAGCGCGGCUGCGGCGCGGAGCCGGGACGCCGGGGGCGGAGAGAGAGAGAGAGAGAGAGGCGGCCGGGGCGGCGCUGGCUGCGGAGGCCGCGGCGGGAGGAGCGCGGCGCGGGAGCUCGAGGCUGAGGCUCACCGGAGGGAGCGGCGCGAGCGCCCCGCCAUCGUCCCGUGUUAUAAUUUUGCCGCUGGACUCUUCCCUCCCUUCCCCCACCCCAUCAGGAUGAUAUGAGACUUGGAAGAAGACGAUGCAUACAGGAGGAGAGACUUCAGCAUGCAAACCUUCAUCUGUUCGGCUUGCACCGUCAUUUUCAUUCCAUGCUGCUGGCCUUCAGAUGGCUGGACAGAUGCCCCAUUCACACCAGUACAGUGACCGUCGCCAGCCAAAUCUAAGUGACCAGCAGGUUUCUGCCUUAUCGUAUUCUGACCAGAUUCAGCAACCUCUAACUAACCAGGUGAUGCCUGACAUUGUCAUGUUACAGAGGCGGAUGCCCCAAACCUUUCGUGAUCCAGCAACUGCUCCUUUGAGAAAACUUUCUGUCGACUUGAUCAAAACAUAUAAGCAUAUUAAUGAGGUUUACUAUGCAAAAAAGAAGCGAAGACACCAACAAGGCCAGGGAGACGAUUCCAGUCACAAGAAGGAGCGGAAGGUUUACAACGAUGGUUAUGAUGAUGAUAACUAUGAUUAUAUUGUAAAAAACGGAGAAAAAUGGAUGGAUCGUUAUGAAAUUGACUCCUUGAUAGGCAAAGGUUCAUUUGGACAGGUCGUAAAAGCCUACGAUCGAGUGGAACAAGAAUGGGUUGCCAUUAAAAUCAUAAAGAACAAGAAAGCGUUUCUGAAUCAAGCCCAGAUCGAAGUGCGGCUGCUUGAGCUCAUGAACAAGCAUGACACUGAAAUGAAGUACUACAUAGUGCAUUUGAAACGCCACUUUAUGUUUCGAAACCAUCUUUGUUUAGUUUUUGAAAUGCUGUCCUAUAAUCUGUAUGAUUUGCUGAGGAACACCAACUUCCGAGGGGUCUCUUUGAACCUAACACGAAAGUUUGCACAGCAGAUGUGCACAGCACUGCUUUUCCUUGCGACUCCAGAACUUAGUAUCAUUCACUGUGACCUAAAGCCUGAGAACAUCCUCCUGUGCAACCCCAAACGAAGUGCAAUCAAGAUCGUCGAUUUUGGCAGCUCUUGUCAGUUGGGGCAGAGGAUAUACCAAUAUAUUCAGAGUCGCUUUUACCGGUCUCCAGAGGUGCUACUGGGAAUGCCUUAUGACCUUGCUAUUGACAUGUGGUCCCUUGGAUGUAUCUUGGUUGAAAUGCAUACUGGAGAGCCUCUGUUCAGUGGUGCCAAUGAGGUGGAUCAGAUGAAUAAAAUAGUGGAGGUCCUGGGCAUCCCGCCUGCUCAUAUCCUCGACCAGGCACCCAAAGCAAGGAAGUUCUUUGAGAAGUUGCCCGAUGGCACCUGGAACCUAAAGAAGACCAAAGAUGGAAAACGGGAGUACAAACCACCAGGAACCCGGAAACUUCAUAAUAUUCUUGGAGUAGAGACAGGAGGACCUGGCGGACGGCGUGCUGGGGAAUCGGGUCAUACAGUAGCUGACUACUUGAAGUUCAAAGACCUCAUUUUAAGGAUGCUUGAUUAUGACCCCAAAACUCGGAUUCAACCGUAUUAUGCCCUGCAGCACAGUUUUUUCAAGAAAACAGCUGAUGAAGGUACAAACACAAGUAACAGUGUGUCCACCAGCCCUGCGAUGGAGCAGUCUCAGUCUUCAGGCACCACCUCCAGCACAUCGUCCAGCUCAGGUGGAUCCUCGGGAACGAGCAACAGUGGGAGAGCCAGGUCGGACCCUACGCACCAGCAUCGGCACAGCGGUGGACACUUCACGGCUGCUGUCCAGGCCAUGGACUGUGAGACACACAGCCCCCAGGUGCGUCAGCAGUUCCCGGCUCCCCUGGGCUGGUCAGGCACUGAAGCUCCUACCCAAGUCACUGUUGAAACUCGUCCUGUUCAAGAAACAACCUUUCAUGUAGCCCCUCCGCAGAAUGCACUGCAUCAUCACCAUGGAAACAGUUCCCAUCACCACCACCACCACCAUCACCACCACCACCACCAUGGACAGCAAGCCUUGGGUAACCGGACCAGGCCAAGGGUCUACAAUUCUCCAACAAAUAGCUCCUCUACCCAGGAUUCUAUGGAGGUUGGCCACAGUCACCACUCCAUGACAUCCCUGUCUUCCUCAACGACUUCUUCCUCGACAUCUUCCUCCUCUACUGGUAAUCAAGGCAAUCAAGCCUAUCAGAACCGCCCAGUGGCUGCUAAUGCCUUGGACUUUGGACAGAAUGGAGCUAUGGACGUUAACUUGACCGUCUACUCCAAUCCCCGCCAAGAGACUGGCAUAGCUGGGCAUCCAGCAUACCAAUUCUCUGCUAACACAGGCCCUGCACAUUACAUGACUGAAGGACACCUGACCAUGAGGCAAGGGGCUGACAGAGAAGAGUCUCCCAUGACAGGAGUUUGUGUGCAACAGAGUCCUGUAGCUAGCUCGUGACUACAUUGAAACUUGAGUUUGUUUCUUGUGUGUUUUUAUAGAAGUGGUGUUUUUUUCCCAAAAACAAAGUGCAAAGCUGCUUGAAUCAGAAGGAGAUUAACACACUGAACCGCUACAAGAGGGCAGAGCUGACUUUUUUUUUAACUUGAAAAGAUUGCAAAGGGACGGUGAAGUUGUUCAGAGCCAUGUCCACCUGUCUUCACGAGCGCUCCGAGGUGCCCUCUUUUUGCCCCACCUUAACCUGCCGUCUCCCCGUCAUAGGGGGUUUGUCUUUCUACCCAGCAGAAGUUCAUGUUCAGAUGUUGGUCUUGGUCAUUUGCCAACUAAUUUUAAAAUAAAAAGGCACUGCACAUAAUUUGCAUAAAGGGCCCCAUAAGGGUGUUUUGGUUUUUUUAUUUUUUUUCUGUUUUUUUUUUUUUCCUGUUGUUGUUUUGUUUUUUCAUUUUUAUUUUUCCCCCUUUCCCAUGUUUUGUUUUGUUUUGUUUGGGGUUGGGGGUGGGGUGGGAAAUUUUGGGUUUUUAUGUCCUCUACACACUUGGGCAUGGAAAUGCAGUACUGUAAGGAAGAGGGACCUCCAGCUCACACAAACAUCAUCUUCAGCUGUGUGAAAGGGACGAUUGUGUUGAAGUUUGUAAGGCACAUUAAGCAUGCUAAGUGGCGGGGAUCAGGACUCUCCUGUCUGAACCUACCGAGGAGCAAAGCAGCAGUUCCGUGGGACCCUGUGGUCUCCUGUUGGAGAGGCCAAGGGAAGAUAGGAAUGGAACGGGACUGGUCUCCUCAGCAAGGGGCACUGAGAAGCAAACACCGGGUCCGCUGUGGCCAGUCCUGGGUAGGUCUGAGUGGUGGUCUUUGGGAUAACCUUGGCCUUAUGGAUUUGGACUCGAAGUUAGAAGAGCCUACCAUUUCAGAUACAAUCACUUGUGGACAUGCGUUUGCAGACGGUCCUUAAUGCUGAAAACACAGAGAAUGGGUAAUUCAAGAGGCCUUUCUUUUAAAAUAGACUCGUGACCCACUAAUUGUAAGGUAUUGCAAGGUCACUUUGCGUGUGUCAUAAAGCGACUCCCUUAUUGGUCGAAGGCCACAGACGUAGUGGUUUGCUCUGGCGGAAGUAGCUACAGCUGUGUCCUUCCUGCUUUGACCUUUUCUUUGGCUUUUUCUCGGCACGUGGUGUCUUCACCAUUUCUUCUGCACAAAGAUGUCUUCUGUUCAUCCUGAACAUUUUAAAAUGCAGAAUUUUAUGUGACUGCUUUUUUGCCUCACAAUUAUGCUGUGAAUUUUACAAAAAUUUAUUUUCUUUUUUGAUAAUUUAUUGUACCAAAGCUGUUUUUAUAGCACAUAGAUGUCUGUAACCAAUAAUGUAGCAGUUCUGCACUUUGACACAAGGUGUAACUAGACCAUUUUUAAAUGUCAGUUGAAAAUUAUGGCUGUACUAUUGCUUAAACAAAACUGGAACUGUUGUUGAAUCCAUAGCCAAUACAUUUACAGCAAUCUGUGUACUGGACAGAAUAGAUUGACAUCUAAUUCAAGAUUACACCACCUGUCACAUUCUAAAUGUGUUCAGGCUUCUGAAGGGGAAGGGACACUGGAUCCAGAAGCUAUGGAGCCAGCAGUUGAUGCUUGUAUCCUGAUUAACUUACUUGUAAACUUGAAUUCGAGACCUUGAUUGAACCAACAGGUCCACAGUAGGAACAGGAGGAAGGCAGAGCUCUGAGUGUGACCUGCAGUGAGCAGGCUGACGUUAACAGGUACCUCACUGGAGAGUCUGCUGCCUUCAUGUAACACAGUCUGGCAGUGGCUAAUUUGGGUUCCCAUUUAAAGUGAGCAAUUCUAGGGUGUUACACUCUUAGCAGCGGUUGAAUUGGGAGAGUGGGGAUGUAGUAAUUUCCCUGUCCAGGAUCGCAAGAAGCCUAGGAGAGAAGCAGUGACCUACCUCUGCCUACCGACAGCCCUGUUGGAAGCAACUCAGCAGAACACCACGUUACUUUUUAUUGGUCAACUCCAUGUGGCUGACUAGGUCAAUUUUUUGUUUUUUGGGUUUUUUUUUUUCUUUUUUUUUUGAGCAAAAGCAGUUUUUUAUAUGUAAACAUGACAAAAGAAAGGCCUAAAACUCUGUGAAUGUGAAUGGAAACUUGGAGAGCCCCGUUUUUAUAAACACAAAUACUUUGGUUGUUAAUCAGGAAAUCCAUAUUUAUUUUGUAAUUAAAUGUCAAGCCUGUGGAUUGUUUUGAACUUGGUAGUUGAUGAGAGUUUAUAAAGGCGUCACCUCGAGUGCAGCAGGGUCAGAGGGAUGUGGCACCUGCUGCUGUAGGGACCCCGACACCACACCAGGGGGCUCAGGUCAUUUCUCCCCCCGUGCUGGUUGCCACAUUUUAGCAAGCACCAAAAAAGAAAGCAGUUUUUAAACCGAUAUUUACAUAAAGAAAACCACGCAAUCCAGUGCUUCUGCAUACUGUGUUCUGUUACAGUCCAGUUUUGUGUGCUUUACUACACAGUUUGGUUACAGGACUUCUGUGCAUUGUAAACAUAAACAGCAUGGAAAAGGUUAAAUACCUGUGUUCAGAUUGUAAGAUCUAGUCCGGACUUGCUGUGUAUAUUGUAACGUUAAAUGAAAAAGACCCCCCUUUGUAUUAUAGUCAUGCGGUCUUAUGUAUGAUAAACAGUUGAAUAAUU